AUGAAUGAUAGUACAGGGAAAACGGGGUCGUCUUUGGCAAUAGCAGAGAAUAAGACGCAUAGGCCUGGUGGUUGUGUUGGCAUUUUCUUCCAGCUCUUCGAUUGGAACCGCAGGUUCGCCAAGAAGAAGCUCUUCUCCAAGAAAUUGCUUCCUCCAUCUCGUGCAAAACAAGUUUCUAAGAAGUUUAGAGAUGAGAAGAUGCCCAAUUCCAAGCUUCAUUUGAUUGCUGAUGAAAACAGUGGGGGUUUCCCAAAUGUGAAGAAAAAUGUGAAUCGCAGCGUUGAUUUUGAGCACAAGCAUGAACUGCGAGCUCCAAGUUUGGUUGCUAGGCUAAUGGGUCUUGAAUCCAUGCCUACCACACGUGAGAACCCCAAAAAAGCUUCAUUUACUGAUGCUUGUGACAGUGGAGAGAAGACAUUUUUGGAUAAUCAUAGUGGUUCUGAUAGAGCAGAAUUGAAUUUGGAGACAGGAAAUGCAAAGUCUGAAUCAAGGCCUCAGAAGCUGCAGAAAAUGGAACCGUAUGAGAAAAGGGCAGUGACUAGGUUUGGAGCUGAGGCACUUCAAAUUAAGAGUGUUUUGUCACGCUCGAGAAAACAUCACCCAAAGCUUGCUUCCCCAGCGAAGAGUCCGAGGAUCCCCUCUGGGAAGAAUGCUUCCCGUACCUCUCGGUUGAUUGAUGCUGCUACUAGAAUUUUGGAACCUGGACUGCAGUCUACAAAUAGAGCAAAAUGUGCCAUCACUUACUCAAGUUCUUUUGAUUAUCCUUCUGUGGAUGAGGUUUUGGCAGAUGGAACAACAGUUCAAUCACCAGAGAUUUCUAGCCAAGCAUGUUAUAAUGUUGGUGCAUCCAAUUCUCUGAUGAGCCAGACUUCUUGCAAAAGCUGUGGUAAUUUAGUAGAUGUUGUGGAUUUAAGAUCAAAAGUGGAGGAACAACAACCUGCUUUCCCAUCCUUGGCUUCAAAUAUUGUCAAUGGCUCUUCGCUGAUAGCGGAACAAAUAAGCCCAAGUCAUCCAUGUCCUCCUUUGGGCAAGAAAAGGAUGCAAUUUUUGAGGGAACUCGGAACCAACCAGUAUCAGUUUUUGGUCAAAAGGGAAUGCGAUCCCUUGGUGAACCUGUUACAGAAAGGAAGUCUAUGCCUCCCGAAGGUCAAGCUUCAUGGCAGUUGUCAAGUCAACCAUGCAAGCCUCAGUGUGAAGAGGCAUCUUCUAUUACCUUAA